AUGACGACCUCGACCUCGGCGGCGGCGGCGUCGUCCGCCGAGAUAUAUUCAUCUCGUCAGCGGCAACAACACCAAAACCAACAACAAAAACAAUCUCGUGGGUCGGCGACCGAUCCCAUGGGCGGCAAUGGAGGUGCAAUUGAAAGUGAUACGGGAAUUGCCUCCGCUGCCACCACUGCGACGAAGACCGUUCCCUCCUCGACGAGAGCAGGACACGAGGCCCAGAUGCCGGGGAAUGAACGGAAUAACAAAGGCGGUCAAGGGCCUAAUGCCGAUCCGGCGUCAUGGUCCGAGUCAAUGAGCAGUAGCAGUUACGGGUCGUACGGGUCGUUCACGAGGAGUCUGUACGCCAGAGGGUCUUGA